AUGCUCCCUGAAAUCGAAUCAAAACAUCAUAUCACGUUUCCUGUUCCUAUCUCAUCAAACAGCCACCUCACCAACGUGCGUAUCUUCGAGAAGUACGUAUACGACAAGAAGCACAACCCAGACGGCAUCAUCGACGAGAAAUGGGCGGCGGAGAUCCAGCACGAGCGCCAUCCCGAGCAGGGAAUGAAGAAGACUUCCAACUUGCGCGACAACCAUCACCACAGCUGGAAGAAAAGCAAGGCUGAAGCGCUGCGCAAUGUCAGCCCGUGGGAUGCGAAGGGCAACAGGCAGGCGUACAGCGAUGAAGAGCUGGCGAAGAUCCCGGCCGAGGACGCCCUGAUCGAGGCGACUCGCGCGUUCAGGCGCGCCACGGGUGCAAUUGACGAGGAGGAAGAGGAUAUUGACGGUGGUGCAGAGGAAGUUGGAGGAACCGGGGGAGAGGGUGCAGAGGGAAGUUCGUCCAAUGCACGUGGCGAUGAUCAGCGCGCGGCAGACGACAACCACCAGUCUACUGCACCUGGCCGGGGUUCUGAUGACGUCUCUGGCAAUGACGGUGAGCAGGUGGUUGAGGAGGGUGACGGCGUAGCAGGAGGCGAUUUAGAGGUCGUCGGAGCUCGUCACACGCCAAAACUGCCAAUGGUCCACAUCUCCGACCUGAAGUGGAACUGGUUCGACUCCAACUCCUUCUGGAUCGAAUACAUCGGCCAGCCAGACGAAGUCUUUGUCGACGCCGACUCCGAGAUCGCCCAAUUCGGAGGUCAGCUCUUCGAAACGGAACAAGACCCAGAAGUCUUCCAAGAUGUUAUGGUGUACGACAGGAACGUCUGCGACGAGUGCUUCGGUGAUGCCGAGCUCCCAGGACGAGACGAGAACAAGAUCGUCAAUUUCGACGGACGUAAGGGCCUUGCCUGGUGUCAUGGCUUGCGCAAUGCAGACGUCAGACUUCCUCGCAAUGUGCUAAUGGCUAAUCGGAUCUACGAGUUUGCGCCAGGAUUCCUCCAGAUGUACGACGAGCACACUGGGGAGAAGGACUGGAAGAAGAACUUCCAUUUGACCAAGGUCAAGCUGGAGGACGAGACUGUCGUGGACUGCUGGAUCUGCAAGACCGACACUUGCGACUGGUGCAAAGACUUCGACAAGCGCACUGAUGAAGACGUCGUACGCAUGAUUGAGGCAUUUCGCGAGCAGUAUGAAGGUGAGGAGAGUGACGAAGACGUGCAGAUGAAAGACGUGUUAGGAUGGACGGUGUGA